AUGUCAUCUGUUGGCAGUGUUCUCAUACGUCGGGGCGGCGAGUUGAUUUCCGCUCGGCUCCAAUCCCGCCAACAGCCUGCAACGCAAUUGCUGGGCUUCCUAGUUGUCAUUUUUACGGUCCUUGCAUUUAGUAUGGCAAUAUUCUGGGUUGACUACACCUGCACCCAGGUUAUUGGGACUCUGGCCGCGAUCGAAGGCUCGAACCCCAAUACCUAUAUUCGCCUCGAUCGCGAAGAUUCUAACGGUCCCUGCGAUCCUCAUGACCCCGAGGCCAUGGCUGCAUCAACCAAUAAGCCCAUCACUAGCGGGCUACGCUCGGCCAUUGACCACCUACGCGCCCGUGGUGGCAUCUGGUCGUGCUUCCGUGGAUUUCGUAUGUAUCUGGCCUUCACAACCCUCGACAUGGGCGUGGGCUUUCUACUUCCAGUGACUUUACCGGUUCCUAUCGACUCUCUCAUCAGUUCAUUUCUGGGGCUGUUCGUCGUUAGCAUGUUUCUGGCUACUUGGCACAUGGCUUGGGUUCAUCUUGUGAUCGCCGAUCAAUCUCCAAGGAGCUCCUACCGGCGUAUGCUUGGCCUCCGGCAUUGGCCUAGAAUUGCUCCUGCGGCUGCUUUGUACAAUUUCCUAAUGUCCGUAACUUUCUCUCUGCCUACAGCCGCUGCAAGGCUCGCUGGUGGGACCGUCAUGGGCGUUGCUGGCAAUUGGAAAGAUACAGGGCGUCUCGAUUUCAUAGUCAUUAGCAUUCUCUCCGCUAUAUUCUACCUAUUGGCUUCUAUUCCCGCCAGGGGAAUAUUCACUCGUGUGGCUGCCUCUAUGCUGCCCGAGGAGGAUGACCCGAUCGUGCCUUUUGACCGGCUUUUUGGCGGCAAGGUGAAACCCGAAAAUGUGGGUGGCAGCGGCAAGCUCAGCAUUCGAGAUGCCUGGACUAGCUUUGAAUGGGGGGCUCGCAUUCGCUACGUUAAAAUCAUCCUGAAGGCUUUUGCCAUUGAGGUUGCAAUAGGUGUAGUUGGGAUCCUUUUCUUCGGCCUUAUUUAG